AGACUGUUCGGGAUUUGAUUGACGGGCAACGCCGAAAUCCGUCCGGUCGACAGUCAGCGCGCCGUCGACGAACGCACGCCGUUCCGUUUGUCCGGGCUGUUGACAGUUCGUAGUGCUCGUACCCGCUAAAGCGCGUCUGGUUUUUUUUUCUUCGCACUGCGAAACUGGGCGAUUCGGUUUUCGAGACGAAAAUGUUUAAAUUCGACUCGGCGUAAGAGAGUGUAACGGGGGAAACGCGGAAAAACGGUAACGGGCGGCCGGUUGGAAAAACGGCCUACGUAGUGUUGUUAAAAUUAACGUCGGUCGUAUGCAAGGGAGUACGGUCGCCGGACGGUUUCUUCACUCGCCCCGUUUCUCGCGCGUUAUUGUUGUAUCAAUGCGCUUGUAGCGCAUACUGUCGCUAUGACCUCGGGGCACAGAUUGUAGUUGUUCCUUGUAAAAAUAUUAACGGCAACGAUUAAACAAACAGACGCUACAUAAUCAAACAUAUUUUAUUCGCAAACAACGGUCGAUAUUUAAUUAAAGAAAAUAAAUAACUUUAACCUUGUAUCAUUAAGAAAAAACACCAAAGUGCAUUAUUAUCAAUUAUCAGUAACAUUUUUAUUAAUAUCAUUUCUCGUUAUGUACUGUUAUUCUUAGAAAAAUUUAAUUUCCGUCGAUUUUUCCCAUAGCACGCAAAAGAUGAAACAUCCACUAGUAUUGGUAGUUUGGUCGUUAACGCUGUUAGUGUGCAACAACCAAGCAAAUUUAAAUAUUGGUGGGUUCAGGUUGAGUACACAAUUAAUUAUUAUUUCAUAAAAAUUGGUUUUUUUUUUUUUAUUACUAUAGCUAUUAUUGGCGGUGGUAUUGGUGGAACCUCUUGUGCACAUUUUUUAAGAGAAAUGUUCAACGAUUUGGUGAAAAUAGAUAUUUAUGAGGGUAACAAAGUUGGUGGAAGAUUGGCCACGGAAAUUAUGAAUGACGGUAAUGAAUAUGAGACCGGCGGAUCAGUUAUACAUCAAAGAAACAAGUAUAUGUCUGACUUUGUUAACCAUUUUGGUGAGUUAUCCAACACGCCUAUUUGCCAAACUGUUAUUUAUAUUAUUUUUUACUAGGUCUUCAAAAACGUAAUUCGUUGUUCAAAAAUGAAAGACUUGGAUUCUAUAAUGGUAAAGAUUUUGAUUUUAUUGAAAACAAUUACUUUAUACUGCACCUAAUGAAUAUUUAUUGGCGGUAUGGAUACAGUCUCAAGCAUUUAAAUGAUUUUGUCUAUAGUAUGCUCGACAAGUUUGACAAGUUAGAAUAUUAAUAAUAUAAUUUUUCAAAACCCGCAUAGGUGUUGUAUAAUUAAAUUUCUCUUUUAGAAUUUAUGAACUACAGGCUAAUGGUCAAAGUUUUGAUACAACAUAUGACUUACUAACAUCCAUGGAUCCAUCAUUUGUGAAUUAUUUGAACAUAUCAGUGAAGGAUGCAUACUUGAAAAAUGAUUAUUCUAUAUCUCUUGUUACUGAGCUUGUACAAGCUUCUAUUAGAGUUAACUAUGGACAAAAUAUUAAUGUUCAUCAAUUUGUUGGUAAUAAUUGGUUAUACUUGCAUUACUUUAACUGAUAUUAUUUUUAACCUUACUUAAAUUAUCUGUACUUUAUAAAUAAUUUUAAUUUCCCCACGUUUUUAAAAAAAAAAAGUUUGCAAUUGUUUGUAAUUUACAUCUUAUUAGAUAAGAUUAAAUUGAGCGGAAAAAAUAAAAUAGUAUUUGUAUUAUCCCCUUAGACGUUAAAACUAACAAGACAGAUAUUAUUAUUAACUAUAAUUAUUAGCAUUGUAAUUACAUAUUAUUAUUUUAUAGAACAUUUUAAAUUGUUAUAGGAACAGUUUCUAUGGCCGGAAUGGAUGGAUCAUUGUGGUCAGUAAAAGAAGGUAAUAAAAGAGUUGCUGAAAAACUUCUUGAAAUUUCUAAAGCGCAAUUAAUAGAUGAAUAUGUUAUCCAAAUAAUGAAAAAUGGUGAAUCAUAUACACUGUUGACUAAUACUGGAAAAAAAUCUACAUACGAUUAUGUAGUUUUCGCUGCACCUCUUGUUUCAAAUCAAAGGAUACCUAUAAAUUUUGCUAACAUUCCAUUAGAAUUUGAUAAACUUGGGACGUAUCAUCAAACAGUAUGUACAUUGGUUUUUGGCAAGAUAAAAAAGACACAAUUUCCUCCUCUUUCUGAUUAUCCUUCACCAAUUUUAAUAAUAUCAACUAAUGAAAAAGUAUUUUUCAAUUCAAUUAGUAAUAUUGAAGGUGUCAAUGAAACUGCUAAUUUAAAUGUUUGGAAAGUAUUUUCUCAGGAACCACUCACUAACAAUCAAAUACAUGCAUUAUUUGUAAACAUUACUGAUGUUAAAAUUGUGAAUUGGUUAGCAUAUCCUCACUAUUAUGUCCCAACAGAAUCCCGAAGUUUCCACAUCGCGGAUAGACUUUACCACAUUAACGCCAUAGAAUGGGUUGCAAGUGCCAUGGAAAUGAGUUGCAUAGGUGCAAAAAAUGUAGCACUAUUAAUCAAAAAACAUUUUUACAGCAAAGAACAAAGUGAAACAGUUGAAAGGUCUCACAUAGAAUUAUAAUAAAUUUAAAAAAAUAAAAUAUAAUAUGUCAACAACAAAAAUUAUGUAUUUAAAUAAAACAUAAGUGUUAAAUAUACAAUGAUUUCAAGUAAAGAAAUCUAAAAUUAAAUACUAAUAGUGGCAUUUCAAUGUACAAAUAUAUUUAAUAAAACUCUAUUUAAUAAGAUCUACCGCUGUUGAAAUGUACCAAAUCCAAGACCCAGUCCUCGAUGUGUGUGUGUUGCCAUUCGAGCAACUUCAUAUUGACUUUCCAUUGAAUUAAACAUUUCUUCUUGUUUUUUAAUAAUGUCUUUCGAUUGUCCUUGUUGAGAUGGUUGAUUAUCAACACCUAUUUCAUAUUAAUGAAUUUAAUAUAAUUUCAAAAUGCAAACAUUUGUAAUUUUAUAUUGUAACAAUAGUAUCUACCUAUUCCAUUAUCUUUGAUACCCAUAAGCCUUUUGAACUUGGCAGUAACUUUGCCAUCUUGAUCUCCAAAUUUUGUGGACUGCCAAAUGGUUGCAGUCUUGUUAGUAGUUAUCAUAGUCGGUUUACAUUCUUCAACUUGUUUUACAACAUCAAUAUUUGUUUUAUUACCCCAUAAUAAUUUUCGUUUUUGAAUCUGUUCAGCAUAUUUAUUUGGGUUUACAGCUACUGGGUUGUAAUAUGAUGGUAACUCUAUUCCUGUUUGCACUUUCACUUUUUCUACUUGUGCUUCCAUCGAUUUCUGUAGUAACUGUUGUGGAGUGACUUGUGUAGUAGAUGGUUGGGUAGAACAUCCAAUAGAUGGAACUUUUAAUUCAAUUCCUAAUUUAUCCAAAACUAAAAAAUAAAUAAUUAUAUUAUGUUAUCAUUAAUAAUUUCAAAUUAGUGAAAGAUAAAUAACCCG